UGUGUGCGUGCGAUGAUGAUGGAAAUAACAAGAUGAUUAUUUUGACACGGUUUUUUUGUAAUAAAUUCUAGUAGUAAGUAAAUCAACAGUAGGUAUACAGUGCAAAAAAGAAUUAUGUAUUUCGAACGAAAAUGUCCAAACAAAAUGCAGUGAAGUUAAUUGAAUUAAAUUGAAAACGUGUCGAUAUACCAACGUAUCCGAAAUGUUUUAAUAAAAAAUUAAGAGUCGAAUGUAGGUUUUGGCUUUUUAAUUUUUGCGAGGAAAUUCAAAACCACUUGAAAGCUCUUCCAACACACUGCCCGCGCAUAUAAUACACAAUGACAUCACUCGAAAGUGGUCCAUUCAUUUCAACACCGAAAUCGCCGUGCAUUUGUAGCUGCUUCCGUUUCACCAGCAAACUAACAACAAAAUAUCCGGUCAUUCGCCAGCCACCGUGCCCCAAACUGCUCAUACCAAUAGUUGCGUUGACAAUCAUCCUCGGAUUGUAUUACCUGAGCAAGGGCUAUUUACGGUCACUGCUGUCAUGGAUCGAAGUCCAAAAUCCAUGGCUGAUAUUCGUUUGCUUCAUAUUUCUGUUUACGAUCGUCAGUUUCCCGCCACCGUUUCCGAUCGGCUAUUUGAUAUUGAUCAUAACCAGUGGCUACCUGUUCGGCUUUGCCAAAGGUUUGUUGACCGUUGUUUUGGGUGCGAAUCUCGGCGCUGGUAUAGCGCAUGUGACAAUUAAGAGUAUGCAGAGUAAAUUGCCGUUGCAGAAACUACUUAAGAAUGACACUGGCAAGGCAAUUUUGAGAGUGAUAGGCGGACCUAGAGCAUUCAAAAUUGUUCUGUUAGCGAGACUGACACCGAUUCCAUUUGGACUACAAAAUACAAUCUUUGGGGUGAGUAAUGUUCAUCCGAAGGACUACUAUUCGGCCACAUUGAUCGGUCUAUUUCCUGCUCAAGCGAUUAACGUUUACAUUGGUUCGUCAUUGCGAUCCAUGCACGAUGUAUUAAACAAUCACAGUACAGCCAUGACCAGUUAUGCAAUUUUUGCCGUUCAGGUUUGCAUUGGUUUGAUUUUGAUGGUGUGGGUGGUACACAAGGCGAGAAAAGAGCUUUCCGAUGCUCUGCUGGUGGAAAUUGAUAAUAAUUUUAAAGUUAUUGUCGAGGUGCAAUAAAUUUAAUAAUUUUUUGUUUGGUUCAAAGUUUAAAACGAAGAAGAAGAAGAAGAAGAAAAUUGGGAAAAACAAACGGGGUAAAAUGUGUGCGUAUCAUUAUAAAUGUAAGGGGGAGGGGUUCAAAUGAAAUCUGAUAGCAAUUAAGUGUUAGAUUGAGCAAUGUAUUUUGUAAAUAAUUUUUGAUUUUUUUUGUUCUUGUUGCAUUUAACAAACGAAUUCUCGAAUGAAUACUUCCAAACAAACAACUGAUAUUUUGUCUACCGAUAUUUAUUAAGAUAAGCGUAAGAAUUGGAAUUAUUUUACAAAAAAAAGAAAAAAAAUUAUUUAUUUUAGGAGAAGAAAUUAACAAAACUUUUAACAAUUUUAUUGUUGUUCAAUAAAAGAUUACAGCAAAAAAA